UCAUCUUCCGGUCUGAGUCUUCUUAUGACCCCGGUGUGAGGGAGAGCCUUAUUUUUGUGGAACAGUAACAGUACAAGGACAUUUCUUUAAGGUGUUUCUUAAACGUACGUAUCCGUAUGUAUAGGAUUGCAUCUGUGGAACUGUAAUUCCUUAAAUCUGGUGGUUGAUGGGCCUGCGUGUGUGUGUGUCUGGGCUGUGCUGUAGCGUUGUCCCUGAUGGGCGGCUGGUCUCGCAGUGCCGUGCUGGAGCUGUACAGAGCGCUGCUGCGCGCAGGGCGCCACUUGCAGUACACUGACCGCAACUACUACCGCCGCGCCGUGGCCCGUGAGUUCCGCCGUUGCCAAGCGCUGUCCGCCCCACAGGAGAAGGAGGACGCGCUGAAGAGGGGCCAGUUCUUCCUCAACAGCCGUCUGGGGGGGCUGGUGUAAAGAGAGAGGGGGGGCCAGUGCGUGACCAGAGCGGGGUGAGUAAGGUAUGGCAGGAGUGAACGGGGAUCGGAAAGGCAAGAAAGAUGACAAUGGCCUGGGCACUGCCAUCGACUUUGUCCUCUCCAAUGCUAAGCUGGUGCUUGGAGUGGGCGGGGCAGCC